GUUCAGCUCCUGCACAGCGCCUCUCUCCUUUGAGACUCCACAUCAGAGGACUUCAUCAGGACUGCACACCAUGGAGCUGAUCUCCAAAACUCUGUUUCUGUGCCUAGCACUUACCCUCGCCAGUGGACUACCUGUGCCCACAGACGACCACGCAGACGACCACGCACAUGAGGGUCUACCAGACCGAUGUGAAGGUCUUGAGUUUGAUGCCAUCACUCCUGAUGAGAAAGGAAACACUUUCUUCUUCAAAGGUGGCCACAUAUGGAUGGGUUUCCAUGGUCCAGCUCAUCUCUCCAACGAGUCCUUUAAGGAGCUUGAUGACAUUCAUCACAUCGGCCAUGUUGAUGCUGCUUUCCGCAUGCACAGUACAGAUCCCAAUGCAGAAGACCAUGAUCACAUCUAUUUCUUCCUGGAUGACAAAGUGUUCAGCUAUUACAACCACACUCUGGAGGAGGGCUAUCCAAAAGAGAUGCAUGAUGAUUUUCCUCAUGUCCCCGAUCACCUGGAUUCUGCUGUGGAGUGUCCCAAAGGAGAGUGCACUACCGACUCAGUUCUGUUCUUCAAGGGACAUGAUGUGCAUGUUUUUGAUAUUGCCACAAAGACAGUGAAGACCAAGACAUGGGACCACCUGCCAGUCUGCACCUCUGCCUUACGCUGGCUGGAGCACUACUAUUGUUUCCAUGGACACAACUUCACCAGGUUCCACCCAGUGACCGGAGAGAUUAGCGGUAGUGACUACCCCAAGGACGCCCGCAGAUACUUCAUGAAGUGCGCCAACUUUAGUCAUGGAGGUGACUAUACAAUCCCAAAAUGCAGUGACGUCAAAUUAGAUGCCAUCACCACUGAUGAUGCCGGCAAAAGUUAUUUCUUUUCAGGCUCCAUCUACAUGCGUCUGGACACCCACCGUGACGGCCUGCACGCCUUCCCAAUCACCAGGACGUGGAAGGAGGUGGGACACGGGGUGGACGCCGUCUUUUCCUACAAUGACAAACUCUACUUGAUUAAGGAUGAUCAGGUUUACAUCUACAAAGCAGCUGCUCAGUACACCCUGAUUGAAGGCUAUCCUAAAACCCUGAAGGAGGAACUUGGCAUUGAGGGACAUGUGGAUGCUGCUUUUGUCUGCAAUGCUGAACACACAGUGCAUAUAAUCCAAGAACAGCAUGUUCGUGAUGUCGACCUAACUACCACACCCAGGGCUGUGACUCAGGACCGGCCCUUGCCCUUGUCCGGCAUUGACGCUGCUACAUGCGAUUCUCAAGGAAUAAAACUGUACAAGGGCUCACAAUAUUACAGCUUUGACAAUAUCAUGUUAAUGACUAUGGCCAAAGUGAUCCCUGAGGCCCACCCUAUUACCAAUGAACAAAUGGGAUGUAAAGAUUAGGAGUCAGGGAUGAGAGAAUGUUUCACAGUCAUCUGCUUACUUUUGCUUAAACUCUUCAUUCCCCUCCUACACACAAAAGAGUUACAUCUAUCCAUCCAAGCAUACUGGUAGUGUGGAAUGGAAGUCAUUUGUGAAGUGGGGAGUAAAGACCUAAAUGUAAGAUCCUGGAAUAAUCCUCCCAUGCAUAGUGGAGUUUGAGUUGUUCAAUGAAUAAAAUGUGGGAAGCUA